AUGGCCACCACCAGCAGUUCAGAUGAUAGCAUAGCUCCUAAAGAUUUCCAUUUAUCAACGUCUACAGACAGUGGCAGCAGACUGAGCCUCAACAGACAGAAGUGUCCAUUGUGCCAUAACUUCAGAAAAGUAUUUUAUUGCAAAGAUUGCAUCUACAGUGGCCUCUUUUACAGUUCCAGGCAAAGAGUUACUGAAGGGUAUAUUGAUAAACAAAAAGCUCUACUGGAACUACAGGAUAGUAAGAAAACCAUAGAGAAAAACUGUCUUAGUUCACUUGAAGCUAGACGAAAAUUUGAUAUCCUGAAUUCCAAAAUUAGGCAGGCCAGGGAUAGGACAAAGGUCCUAAAAUCAGCAUUAGAGAACAAAAAACAGAGCAAAGUUUCAAAUGAAGUGAAGUUUCUGGAGUUGAAAGAUAAAAAUGAGAAACGAAAUAGGAGCCUGCCCAAGUAUGAUAAUAAAGUACAGGAACUUGAAAACUAUGUGGCAGUACGUAGAGAAAAGGUUGAAAAAAUUAGAGAUACUACCAGAGAAAAGCAAGAGGAGCUGAAGAAACUUGUGAAAAUCAGAAUACAACAAUUGUUCAAGUAUAUUUUUCCAAUAUCAACAGUCAAACCAACAAUGGAAACAGAAUCUUCUAGUGAUGAUAUGGUCAGUGCUCUAGCAGAAGCUUCACAGACCACUUUUAUCAGUGAUAGGUGGGAAUAUUCAGAUUAUAUGGGAGAAAUGAAAUAUUGUAUUGUUGGUCCCACCCUACCUGGAUCUGGAAAUUAUUCAGCUUACAACAUCUGGGUUGCUCAGAACCAAGAUGGAGUACCCGGUUCCAACAUGACUAGUUCAGUGGAACUGAACCCUGCAUUUAGCAUCAGUGCUGCAUUGACUUACACUGCUCAGUUAGUCAACAUUUUGUCGUUUUACUUCAACAUCAGGCUUCCUUACAAAAUGCAAUACAGUGAUUUUUGCAAUAGCUACAUGAGUGAACAACAAUUUGCCAGAAGAACUGCCAGAUUGAAUGCCAAUAUACUGUAUCUGUGUUUGUUACAAAAUGUGGAACUUUGUGAUUUGCAAUCAACAGAAACCAUCCACAAUAUUUUGCAAUUAUUGGAGAAUGGAAACUGUGAUUUGGGAAGAGAAGGGCCUAUGGAAUUUGAUCUCCAUAAGGUAAAUGCCUUAGAACAACCCUUGACGGAUAAUCUCAAAAUAAGUGAAGAUUCUGACUCUGAGGAAGGUGACUCUUUUCCUGUAGAAUGGGAAGCUGUGCCUCACGUGCAAUGCCCGGAGAUAGCAGCGGGGCCUGCAAUCAGCCAGGCCCCCCAGAUGAUAACGACACAGCAGGCCAGCAGCAUGGCAGGCGGUUUGGUGAACAGCGCCGCCGCUAGUAUCGCUUCCCUCUGGCGAGGGUUCACCAGAAAAUAA